CCGUUCCUCAGGAGCCCUCACAAGAUGGGUGCCACAAUGAUCUUCAUUUGGAUGUUCCUGACAAUUUCUGGAUCUCUGCAGACUACCACAGAGAGCACUACAUCCACUUAUGAAACUACUACAACCAUUCCUGAGACCACUACAACUACGACGCUAGAGCCAACAACCACUUUUCAAACAAUGGGUGAUGAUCUGGUGCUAGGACUUGCAAAUGGGCCAAACCGCUGUGCAGGUCGUGUUGAAAUCCUUCACUUUGGAGGCUGGGUAAAAGUUUGUGGUGAUUUGUGGGACAUGAACGACGCACGAGUUGUGUGCAGGCAACUGGGCUGUGGCGAGCCUGUUGCUGCUCUGAGAAAUAGCUAUUUUGGUGAAGGCUGGACAAGUCCUUGGAUGACUAAUGUGAGCUGUACUGGCUCUGAAGACGUUUUGUGGUCUUGCCCUUAUGAAUAUGCACACUAUUCAUGUGGUGUUUAUGGAGAUGCUAGCGUCAUAUGUGCAGGUUCUGGACUAACAGCGCCUCCAGAAACAGAGAGCACUACAUCCACUUAUGAAACUACUACAACCACUCCUGAGACCACUACAACUACGACGCCAGAGCCAACCACCACUUUUGAAACUAUGGGUGAUGAUCUGGUGCUAGGACUUGCAAAUGGGCCAAACCGCUGUGCAGGUCGUGUUGAAAUCCUUCACUUUGGAGGCUGGGUAAAAGUUUGUGGUGAUUUGUGGGACAUGAACGACGCACGAGUUGUGUGCAGGCAACUGGGCUGUGGCGAGCCUGUUGCUGCUCUGAGAAAUAGCUAUUUUGGUGAAGGCUGGACAAGUCCUUGGAUGACUAAUGUGAGCUGUACUGGCUCUGAAGACGUUUUGUGGUCUUGCCCUUAUGAAUAUGCACACUAUUCAUGUGGUGUUUAUGGAGAUGCUGGUGUCAUAUGUUCAGAUUCUGGAAUGACCCCACCUACAGAAACAGCAAGCACUCUGUUUCCUCCAGUGAGAACCACACCAAGUGGGCUGGCAUUGAGACUGGUCAAUUCAUUGAGCAGAUGUGAAGGUCGUGUUGAAGUCUAUUACGCAGGAUCCUGGGGGACAGUGUGCGAUGAUUCUUGGGAUCUCAAUGACGCAAAUGUUGUGUGCAGGCAGCUUGGAUGUGGAUAUGGUGUUGCAGCAAAGACCAAUGCCUAUUAUGGUCAAGGCUCAGGAAAUAUUGUUCUGGAUGACGUGAGUUGCAGAGGAUGGGAAUACAGUCUAUGGGACUGUCCUCAUUCAGGGUGGCUCUCUCAUAACUGUGGUCAUUCUGAAGAUGCUGGUGUCAUUUGCUCAGCAGCUGCUGGAUAUACAACAUCUCCAUCAACAGGAACACCAGGAUACACUCCAUCAUGGCCCUGGUACACAACAACUCGAACACCGGGAUACACUCCAUCAUGGCCCUGGUACACAACCACUGGAACAUCAGGAUCCACUCCAUCAUGGCCCUGGUACACCACAACUGCAAGCACGCCAGUGAGAACCACGCCAAGUGGGCUGGCAUUGAGACUGGUGAAUUCAUUUAGCAGAUGUGAAGGUCGUGUUGAAGUCUAUUACGCAGGAUCCUGGGGGACAGUGUGUGAUGAUUCUUGGGAUCUCAAUGAUGCAAAUGUUGUGUGCCGGCAGCUUGGAUGUGGAUAUGGUGUUGCAGCAAAGAGCGGUGCCUAUUACGGUCAAGGUUCAGGAAAUAUUGUUCUGGAUGAUGUGAGUUGCAGAGGAUGGGAAUACAGCCUAUGGGACUGUCCUCAUUCAGGAUGGCUCUCUCAUAACUGUGGUCAUUCUGAAGAUGCCGGUGUCAUCUGCUCAGGGCUGGCAUUGAGACUGGUGAAUUCAUUUAGCAGAUGUGAAGGUCGUGUUGAAGUCUAUUAUGCAGGAUCCUGGGGGACAGUGUGUGAUGAUUCUUGGGAUCUCAAUGAUGCAAAUGUUGUGUGCCGGCAGCUUGGAUGUGGAUAUGGUGUUGCAGCAAAGAGCGGUGCCUAUUACGGUCAAGGUUCAGGAAAUAUUGUUCUGGAUGAUGUGAGUUGCAGAGGAUGGGAAUACAGUCUAUGGGACUGUCCUCAUUCAGGAUGGCUCUCUCAUAACUGUGGUCAUUCUGAAGAUGCCGGUGUCAUCUGCUCAGCAGCUGCUGGAUAUACAACAUCUCCAUCAACAGGAACACCAGGAUACACUCCAUCAUGGCCCUGGUACACAACAACUCGAACACCGGGAUACACUCCAUCAUGGCCCUGGUACACAACCACUGCAAAAUAUGCUUGUGGUGGUGUCCUUCAAUAUUCAUCUGGGACAUUUCAAAGCCCGUUCUAUCCUGGGAAUUAUCCAAACAAUGCAGAUUGUGUGUGGGAAAUAGAAGCAGUGAGCAAUUACCGUAUAACACUUUCAUUUAGAGAUAUCUCAACAGAAGGUGGUAGAUGCCAGCAUGAUUAUAUUGAGAUAUAUGAUGGGCCACUCUAUACCUCUCCUUUACUGGGGAAAAUUUGUUAUGGUUCCUAUCUCACAUAUACAUCGUCCUCAAACUUGAUGACAGUUCGAUUUCACAGUGACUCGAGUAUAACAAACAGAGGGUUUCGUGCUGACUAUUACAUCAUUCCAGCAGAUCAGAAUACUGUUCUUCUGUGCUUGCCAGAAUACAUGCAUGCAGUUGUUAAGAGAGCCUAUCUCCUCUCACAAGGCUACAUUGCAGAGAAUGUCAGCUUGAAUGACCCUUAUUGUAAACCAAAGAUUACAACAAAUGAUAUUAUAUUCAACAUCCCAUAUAAUGGCUGUGGCACAAGACGAGAGGGAAACAGCAAUACUAUCAUGUAUUCCAACUUGAUCAAAGCAACCUCUUCUGGUUACAUAAUCAAAAGGGAAAAAGAUCUUCACUUGCAUGUCAACUGCAAAAUGCUCCAAAACACAUGGAAAGAAAUCAUGUAUGUUGCUCAGGAUGUGGCUGAGGAUGUUACUGAGGUCAAUGAAACGCAGUACAGCAGAUAUGACGUGAACAUUUCAUUCUACGAAUCACCAUCCUUCUCACGGCCAGUGUAUGACUCUCCAUACUACGUGAGAUUGAACCAGAAUUUAUUCCUUCAAGCUUCAAUUCACAGCUCUGACCCAAAUCUGGCGUUGUUUUUGGACACAUGUGUGGCAUCACCUGAUCCCAGUAGUGUUACAUCCACGACCUAUGAUAUUAUCAGGAAUGGAUGUGCUAGAGAUCCUACCUACGGUACAUACUAUUCACCCUACAGCUCCACCAUACGCUUCAAAUUUAAUGCCUUCAAGUUUGUUAACCAAUAUUCAUCAGUUUACCUGCAGUUUAAAAUGGUGGUGUGCCGGGUAUAUGAUUAUUCUUCCCGAUGCUACCAGGGCUGCAUACCCAGGUCCAAGCGAGAUACAAGCUCUUACCAAGAAAAAGUGGAUGUUGUUGUUGGGCCAAUUGAGCUUUGGAAAGAAGGCACUGAGAACAGGAAUGCUGAGCUGGACUAUUCUGAACAUCAGGAAGAUGUGGAUUCCCGUGGUUCACUUACCACUACUGCUGGUCAUUCCCAGGCUCCAUUUAUUGUUACGACUGUGGUGCUUGCAGCUGUUAUUUUCACUCUUGUUGGCUUUCUUUUGAAAAGUAAACUGAAGAGACCGAUUCCAUACGAGAUAAUGAAACUAAAUGUCAAGAUUGCAGUGGGGAACAGCUGGGACUGCAAAGCAGCCAAUUGCAGCUCCCUGAUCCUGAGGCUCACCCUAUGCCAGCAGACGAUGGUCCCUAAAGAGCCAUCCCUGGGUCAAGGAUCACUGGAGCAUAGUGGUGCUCUGGCUGUGCCCACUGCCACCCUCUUAAUGUCACCAAAGGUGUGCAAGGAGGAAGAAGAGAUGUUCAACGAUGAUGACUGGAAGCUGAUGGACCCAGCAAAUAAAAAUGCCAGACUGGUGAAUGGAUGGAACAGAUGUGAGGGUCAUGUUGAACUUUAUUACAAAUGAAAUUGGGCAAGGGUUUGUGAUGAAUAAUGGAACACAGAAGCAGGGGUGGUUUGAAGGCAGCCUGGAUGUGGAUAGGGCAUUUCAGCAACAAGAAUUGUAUAUUUUGGUCAGGACUCAAAAAAUAUUCUCCUUGAUUAUCUGCAUUGUGGAGGUAAUGAAUCCUAUCUUUCUACUACUACUACUACUACUACAUGGCUGUCUUCAACAGACUAUUACCACUGUGGUGGCUACCUCUCAGGUUCUUAUGGGACAUUCUCUAGUCCAAACUAUCCUAGUUACUAUCCAAGCAAUGCACGAUGCAUCUGGGAAAUACAAGUGCAAUACAAUGGUUAUGUACAUGUCCAGUUUGACCAUGUUGCACUGGAGCAGGACACUAACUGCACUCACGAUUUUAUUGAAAUCUAUGCGCAAGAGUCAUACACAUCUACUUUGCUGGGAAGAAUAUGUACUGGUGGCUAUCAAGCAUUUACAUCCUAUUCAAACAGAAUGAUGGUUGUGUUUUUGAGCGAUGGCAGUUACCAAAAUACAGGAUUUCAUGCUUCUUAUUAUACUUUCUUCCGAGGGUCAUUUGAACUUUAUUACAAAGGAAAUUGGGCAAGGGUUUGUGAUGAUUACUGGAACACACAAGCGGAGGUUGUUUGCAGGCAGGUUGGAUGUGGAUGAGCCAUUUCAGCAACAAGAAAUGCCUGUUUGGGUCAAGGGUCAAAAAAUGUUCUCCUUGAUUGUCUGCAUUGUGGAGGUAAUGAAUCCUAUCUUUGGGACUGCCUCAGUCUAAGAUGGGACUCAUCUCAUACUACUACUACAACAUGGUGGCCUUCAGGUGUUUUUGAUCUCAGACUGGUGAAUGGCCAGAACAGAUGUGAGGGCCGUGUCGAAAUUUAUGCCAAUGGAACCUGGGGGACAGUGUGUGAUGAUUUGUGGGACAUAAACGAUGCUCAAGUUGUAUGCAGGCAGCUUGGAUGUGGAUGGGCCAUUUCUGCACCAGGAAGUGCCCGAUUUGGUCAAGGCAGAGGAAAUAUUUUCCUGGAUGAUGUGCAGUGCAGAGGAAAUGAACACUUUGUCUGGCAAUGUCAACACAGAGGGUGGGGCAUACACAACUGUGGCCACAGUGAAGAUGCCGGUGUCAUUUGUUCAGAUCCGACGACACCUGUUUCUACUACUACUCCAACAUGGCUGUCUUCAACAGCAAAAUAUACUUGUGGUGGUGUCCUUCAGUCUUCAUCGGGGACAUUUCAAAGUCCGUUCUAUCCUGGGAAUUAUCCAAACAAUGCAGAUUGUGUGUGGGAAAUAGAAGCAGUGAGCAAUUACCGUGUAACACUUUCAUUUAGCGAUAUAGUGACAGAAGGUGGUACAUGCCGGUAUGAUUAUAUUGAGAUAUAUGAUGGGCCACUCUAUACCUCUCCUUUACUGGGGAAAAUUUGUUAUGGUUCCUAUCGCACAUAUACAUCGUCUUCAAACUUGAUGACAGUUCGAUUUCACAGUGAUUCGAGUAUAACAAAGAGAGGGUUCCGUGCUGCCUAUUACACUAUUCCAGCAGAUCAGAAUACUACUCUUCUGUGCUUGCCAGAAUACAUGCAUGCAGUUGUUAACAGAGCCUAUCUCCGCUCACAUGGCUACAAUGCAUGGGAUGUCAGCUUGAAUGACCCUUAUUGUAGACCAAACAUUACAUCAAACUAUGUUAUAUUCAACAUCCCAUACAAUGGCUGUGGCACAAGACGAGAGGGAAACAACAACACUAUCAUCUAUUCCAACUUGAUCAAAGCAAUCUCUUCUGGUUACAUAAUCAAAAGGCAAAAAGAUCUUCACUUGCAUAUCAAUUGCAAAAUGCUCCAAAAUAGAUGGAUAGAAAUAAUGUAUGUUGCAGAGGAUGUUACUGAAGUCAAUGAAACUCAGUACGGCAGAUACAACGUGACCAUUUCAUUUUAUAAAUCAUCAUCCUUCUCAUGGCCAGUGUAUGACUCUCCAUACUACGUUGACUUGAACCAGAAUUUAUUCCUUCAAGCUUCAAUUCACAGCUCUGACCCAAAUCUGGUCUUGUUUUUGGACACGUGUGUUGCAUCACCCGAUCACAAUGAUUUUACAACAGUAACCUAUGACAUUAUCAGGAGCGGGUGUGUUAGAGAUCCUACCUACCUUAGGUACUAUUCACCCUACAGCUCCACCAUACGCUUCAAAUUUAAUGCCUUCAAGUUUAUUAACAACCAUACAUCAGUUUACCUGCAGUUUAAAAUGGUGGUGUGCCGGGUAUAUGAUUAUUCUUCCCGAUGCUACCAGGGCUGCAUACCCAGGUCCAAGAGAGAUACAAGCUCUUACCAAGAAGAAGUGGAUGUUAUUCUUGGGCCUAUUGAGCUUCAGAAAGAUGGCACUAAGAACAGGAAUGCUGAGCUGGACUAUUCUGAACAUCAGGAAGAUGUGGAUUUCCGUGGUUCACUUACUACUACUGCUGGUCAUUCCCAGGCUCCAUUUAUUGUUACGGGUGUGGUGCUUGCAGCUGUUAUUUUCACUCUUGUUGGGUUUCUUUUGAAAAAUAAACUGAGGAGACCGAUUCCAUACGAGAUAAUUUUGAACUGCUUUCAGGAGUUUAUUGAAAUCUAUGAUGGACCCCUGUAUGCAUCCCCCUUACUUGGGAAAAUCUGUAAUGGGUCAAAUCUCAGCUAUGUAUCAUCUUCAAACACACUGACAGUUCUAUUACACAGAGACUCUUAUAACUCAGGAUAUGGGUUUUCUGCUUAUUAUAACUCUAUGUUCCCAGCUCCACCAGGAAAUACAACACAGGGACACAGUACUACAUAUGGAGAUCAGUGUGGUGGCUUCCUCUCAAAUCCAUCUGGGUCACUUUCUAGCCCGUAUUACCCUGGAAACGGUCUCAUCACACAGUGUGUCUGGCAAAUACAAAUAGAAUACAAUCGCAUAGCACUUGUCUUCUCUUAUGUUAGUUUGAACUGCUUUCAGGAGUUUAUUGAAAUCUAUGAUGGACCCCUGUAUGCAUCCCCCUUACUUGGGAAAAUCUGUAAUGGGUCAAAUCUCAGCUAUGUAUCAUCUUCAAACACACUGACAGUUCUAUUACACAGAGACUCUUAUAACUCAGGAUAUGGGUUUUCUGCUUAUUAUAACUCUAUGUUCCCAGCAAUAAAUGGCUCGUGUGGUGGCUACCUUUCCACAGCUUCUGGAUCAUUCUCUAGUCCAUUCUUUCCUGGAAACUAUCCAGUGAAUGUAAAAUGCAUCUGGAGAAUAGAAGUCAAGAACAAUUAUUAUAUCAGACUCAUCUUUAAGCAUCUUGAGCUAGAAGCUUCAUAUAAUUGUGCUUAUGACUUUGUUGAAGUCUAUGAUGGUCCUCUGAAUACAUCUCCUUUACUUGGGAGGAUUUGCGAUGGUUCAAAUUACACAUUUACAUCAUCUUCAAAUACAAUGACUGUUCUGUUUUCAAGUGACUUUAGUUAUACAAGAAGUGGAUUCAGUGCUUACUAUGAUUCGUUUCCAGAAAAGAACAAUGAUACAGCACUGUCAUGUUCUGGACAAUAUAUGCGUGCAGUCAUUAACAGAACCUAUCUGCAGUCAUUGGGCUACAAUGCUUGGGAUGUUUAUCUGAAUGACUCAUCCUGUGGGCCACAACAGAUCACGGAAACCUAUGUUAUAUUCAACAUACCUUUUAAUGGAUGUGGUACAAUAAGACAGGUGAAAAAUAACACUAUCACCUAUUCCAAUGUAAUCAGAACAUCUCCUUCUGGUUAUAUUAUCACAAGGGAAAACGACUUUCAGUUUCAUGUUACCUGCAAAAUGAACCAGGACACAAUGGUAGAAAUAAUGUACGUUGCCAAAGGUGCUAUUGACAUACGUGAAACCCAGCAUGGAAGAUAUGACGUGAAUAUUUCAUUUUAUGAAUCAUCAGAUUUCUCAAAUCCAGUUUACAAUUCCCCAUACUAUGUUGACUUAAACCAGGAUUUAUUCCUGCAAGCCACUCUCUACAGUUCCGAUUCCAACCUGGUGAUUUUUGCAGACACGUGCAUGGCAUCUCCAUAUUCUGAUGACUUCACAAACCUGACUUAUGGUUUAAUCAGGAAUGGAUGUGUAAGAGAUUCCACCUACAGCUCAUACUAUUCACCAAUGGGAUACAUUGUUCGUUUCAAAUUCAGUGCCUUCAAGUUUCUCAACAGACAUGCUGCCAUUUACUUGCAGUGCAAGAUAGUUGUAUGCAGGGCAUACGAUUAUUCUUCUCGAUGCUAUCAGGGAUGUUUAGCGAGGCGCAAGAGGGAUACAAGUCCUUACCAGGAAAAAAUAGAUGUUGUUGUGGGGCCAGUCCAGCGUAAAAAAGAAACCAAUGAGGACAAAAAAUCUGAAACCUGGGGAUCAGUUUGUCAUCAUUCCUAUAACAUGAACGAUGUUGAAGUUGUGUGCAGACAGCUAGGAUGCUCACAGGCCAUUUCAGUAUCAGGAAAUGUCUAUUUUGGUCAAGACACCAGAAGUAGUCUCCUGGAUAAAGUGAAGUGCAAAGGGAAUGAAUCCUACCGGUAGAAGUGCUCUCACAGGGGGUGGUACAAACAUAACUGUGGUCACCAUAAGGUUGAUACGUUCCUGAGGCUGGUGAAUGGGGAGAACGGGUGUGCAGACCGUGUUGAAAUUUAUUACAGCAGAUGCUGGGGACCAGUAUGUGAUGAUGGCUGGGACAGGAGAGAAGCACAGGAGGUGUGCAGACAGCUCAGCUGUGGAAAGGGCAAGGCCAUUUUGGUCAAGGCUCAGGCUGACUUUUUCUGGAUGAUUUGCAUAGAUGAGCAGGCCAUUUCAGCACCAGGAAAUGUUUACUUUGGUCAAGGUUCAAGAAAUAUUCUCCUUGGUGACGUGUAGUACCAAGAGAAUCAAUCCUAUCUUUGGCAAAAAAUGGAACCUCAAAUGAUUUUCACCUGGAUGCUGCUAAUAGGUGCCACUAUCUUGCAUGACCCAGCCUUUUCGGUUUACGCAACCUCAGCCCCACGGAGUAAUUCCAUAUCACUGAGACUGGUGAACGGACAGGACGGGUGUUCUGGUCGCGUUGAAGUCCGCUACAAUGGAAGCUGGGGAACAGUCUGCGAUGAUUUCUGGGACAUAAACGAUGCAGAGGUUGUGUGCAGGCAAAUCGGGUGUGGGCAGGCCAUUGAGGCCCCCGGUAAUGCCCGGUUUGGUGAAGGCUCCGGAAGUAUUCUCCUGGAUGAUGUGGAGUGCAGAGGGAAUGAAUCCUCUCUGUCGCAGUGUUCGCACCGGGGGUGGGGCACACAUAACUGUGCCCACCGUGAGGAUGCCAGUGUCAUCUGCUCAGGUCCAUUAGUGAGACUCAUGAAUGGACAGAACGGGUGUUCCGGUCGCGUUGAAGUCCGCUACAAUGGAAACUGGGGAACAGUCUGUGAUGAUGCCUGGGACAUAAAUGAUGCAAAGGUUGUGUGCAGACAGCUUGGGUGUGGGCAGGCCAUUGAGGCCCCCGGUAAUGCCCGGUUCGGGGAAGGCUCCGGAAGUAUUCUCCUGGAUGACGUGGAGUGCAGAGGGAACGAAUCCUCUCUGUCGCAGUGCUCGCACCGGGGGUGGGGCACACAUAACUGUGCCCACCGUGAGGACGCCGGUGUCAUCUGCUCGGCUCCACCACCUACAACAAGCGAGCCCCUUACAACUGGUCCAUUAGUGAGACUCAUGAAUGGACAGAACGGGUGUUCCGGUCGCGUUGAAGUCCGCUACAAUGGAAACUGGGGAACAGUCUGUGAUGAUGCCUGGGACAUAAAUGAUGCAAAGGUUGUGUGCAGACAGCUCGGGUGUGGGCAGGCCAUUGAGGCCCCCGGUAAUGCCCGGUUCGGGGAAGGCUCCGGAAGUAUUCUCCUGGAUGACGUGGAGUGCAGAGGGAACGAAUCCUCUCUGUCGCAGUGCUCGCACCGGGGGUGGGGCACACAUAACUGUGCCCACCGUGAGGACGCCGGUGUCAUCUGCUCGGCUCCACCACCUACAACAAGCGAGCCCCUUACAACUGGUCCAUUAGUGAGACUCAUGAAUGGACAGAACGGGUGUUCCGGUCGCGUUGAAGUCCGCUACAAUGGAAACUGGGGAACAGUCUGUGAUGAUGCCUGGGACAUAAAUGAUGCAAAGGUUGUGUGCAGACAGCUUGGGUGUGGGCAGGCCAUUGAGGCCCCCGGUAAUGCCCGGUUCGGGGAAGGCUCCGGAAGUAUUCUCCUGGAUGAUGUGGAGUGCAGAGGGAACGAAUCCUCUCUGUCGCAGUGCUCGCACCGGGGGUGGGGCACACAUAACUGUGCCCACCGUGAGGACGCUGGUGUCAUCUGCUCGGCUCCACCACCUACAACAAGCGAGCCCCUUACAACUGGUCCAUUAGUGAGACUCAUGAAUGGACAGAACGGGUGUUCCGGUCGCGUUGAAGUCCGCUACAAUGGAAACUGGGGAACAGUCUGUGAUGAUGCCUGGGACAUAAAUGAUGCAAAGGUUGUGUGCAGACAGCUUGGGUGUGGGCAGGCCAUUGAGGCCCCCGGUAAUGCCCGGUUCGGGGAAGGCUCCGGAAGUAUUCUCCUGGAUGAUGUGGAGUGCAGAGGGAACGAAUCCUCUCUGUCGCAGUGCUCGCACCGGGGGUGGGGCACACAUAACUGUGCCCACCGUGAGGACGCUGGUGUCAUCUGCUCGGCUCCACCACCUACAACAAGCGAGCCCCUUACAACUGGUCCAUUAGUGAGACUCAUGAAUGGACAGAACGGGUGUUCCGGUCGCGUUGAAGUCCGCUACAAUGGAAACUGGGGAACAGUCUGUGAUGAUGCCUGGGACAUAAAUGAUGCAAAGGUUGUGUGCAGACAGCUUGGGUGUGGGCAGGCCAUUGAGGCCCCCGGUAAUGCCCGGUUCGGGGAAGGCUCCGGAAGUAUUCUCCUGGAUGAUGUGGAGUGCAGAGGGAACGAAUCCUCUCUGUCGCAGUGCUCGCACCGGGGGUGGGGCACACAUAACUGUGCCCACCGUGAGGACGCUGGUGUCAUCUGCUCGGCUCCACCACCUACAACAAGCGAGCCCCUUACAACUGGUCCAUUAGUGAGACUCAUGAAUGGACAGAACGGGUGUUCCGGUCGCGUUGAAGUCCGCUACAAUGGAAACUGGGGAACAGUCUGUGAUGAUGCCUGGGACAUAAAUGAUGCAAAGGUUGUGUGCAGACAGCUCGGGUGUGGGCAGGCCAUUGAGGCCCCCGGUAAUGCCCGGUUCGGGGAAGGCUCCGGAAGUAUUCUCCUGGAUGACGUGGAGUGCAGAGGGAACGAAUCCUCUCUGUCGCAGUGCUCGCACCGGGGGUGGGGCACACAUAACUGUGCCCACCGUGAGGACGCCGGUGUCAUCUGCUCGGCUCCACCACCUACAACAAGCGAGCCCCUUACAACUGGUCCAUUAGUGAGACUCAUGAAUGGACAGAACGGGUGUUCCGGUCGCGUUGAAGUCCGCUACAAUGGAAACUGGGGAACAGUCUGUGAUGAUGCCUGGGACAUAAAUGAUGCAAAGGUUGUGUGCAGACAGCUUGGGUGUGGGCAGGCCAUUGAGGCCCCCGGUAAUGCCCGGUUCGGGGAAGGCUCCGGAAGUAUUCUCCUGGAUGAUGUGGAGUGCAGAGGGAACGAAUCCUCUCUGUCGCAGUGCUCGCACCGGGGGUGGGGCACACAUAACUGUGCCCACCGUGAGGACGCUGGUGUCAUCUGCUCGGCUCCACCACCUACAACAAGCGAGCCCCUUACAACUGGUCCAUUAGUGAGACUCAUGAAUGGACAGAACGGGUGUUCCGGUCGCGUUGAAGUCCGCUACAAUGGAAACUGGGGAACAGUCUGUGAUGAUGCCUGGGACAUAAAUGAUGCAAAGGUUGUGUGCAGACAGCUUGGGUGUGGGCAGGCCAUUGAGGCCCCCGGUAAUGCCCGGUUCGGGGAAGGCUCCGGAAGUAUUCUCCUGGAUGAUGUGGAGUGCAGAGGGAACGAAUCCUCUCUGUCGCAGUGCUCGCACCGGGGGUGGGGCACACAUAACUGUGCCCACCGUGAGGACGCUGGUGUCAUCUGCUCGGCUCCACCACCUACAACAAGCGAGCCCCUUACAACUGGUCCAUUAGUGAGACUCAUGAAUGGACAGAACGGGUGUUCCGGUCGCGUUGAAGUCCGCUACAAUGGAAACUGGGGAACAGUCUGUGAUGAUGCCUGGGACAUAAAUGAUGCAAAGGUUGUGUGCAGACAGCUUGGGUGUGGGCAGGCCAUUGAGGCCCCCGGUAAUGCCCGGUUCGGGGAAGGCUCCGGAAGUAUUCUCCUGGAUGAUGUGGAGUGCAGAGGGAACGAAUCCUCUCUGUCGCAGUGCUCGCACCGGGGGUGGGGCACACAUAACUGUGCCCACCGUGAGGACGCUGGUGUCAUCUGCUCGGCUCCACCACCUACAACAAGCGAGCCCCUUACAACUGGUCCAUUAGUGAGACUCAUGAAUGGACAGAACGGGUGUUCCGGUCGCGUUGAAGUCCGCUACAAUGGAAACUGGGGAACAGUCUGUGAUGAUGCCUGGGACAUAAAUGAUGCAAAGGUUGUGUGCAGACAGCUUGGGUGUGGGCAGGCCAUUGAGGCCCCCGGUAAUGCCCGGUUCGGGGAAGGCUCCGGAAGUAUUCUCCUGGAUGAUGUGGAGUGCAGAGGGAACGAAUCCUCUCUGUCGCAGUGCUCGCACCGGGGGUGGGGCACACAUAACUGUGCCCACCGUGAGGACGCUGGUGUCAUCUGCUCGGCUCCACCACCUACAACAAGCGAGCCCCUUACAACUGGUCCAUUAGUGAGACUCAUGAAUGGACAGAACGGGUGUUCCGGUCGCGUUGAAGUCCGCUACAAUGGAAACUGGGGAACAGUCUGUGAUGAUGCCUGGGACAUAAAUGAUGCAAAGGUUGUGUGCAGACAGCUCGGGUGUGGGCAGGCCAUUGAGGCCCCCGGUAAUGCCCGGUUCGGGGAAGGCUCCGGAAGUAUUCUCCUGGAUGACGUGGAGUGCAGAGGGAACGAAUCCUCUCUGUCGCAGUGCUCGCACCGGGGGUGGGGCACACAUAACUGUGCCCACCGUGAGGACGCCGGUGUCAUCUGCUCGGCUCCACCACCUACAACAAGCGAGCCCCUUACAACUGGUCCAUUAGUGAGACUCAUGAAUGGACAGAACGGGUGUUCCGGUCGCGUUGAAGUCCGCUACAAUGGAAACUGGGGAACAGUCUGUGAUGAUGCCUGGGACAUAAAUGAUGCAAAGGUUGUGUGCAGACAGCUUGGGUGUGGGCAGGCCAUUGAGGCCCCCGGUAAUGCCCGGUUCGGGGAAGGCUCCGGAAGUAUUCUCCUGGAUGAUGUGGAGUGCAGAGGGAACGAAUCCUCUCUGUCGCAGUGCUCGCACCGGGGGUGGGGCACACAUAACUGUGCCCACCGUGAGGACGCUGGUGUCAUCUGCUCGGCUCCACCACCUACAACAAGCGAGCCCCUUACAACUGGUCCAUUAGUGAGACUCAUGAAUGGACAGAACGGGUGUUCCGGUCGCGUUGAAGUCCGCUACAAUGGAAACUGGGGAACAGUCUGUGAUGAUGCCUGGGACAUAAAUGAUGCAAAGGUUGUGUGCAGACAGCUCGGGUGUGGGCAGGCCAUUGAGGCCCCCGGUAAUGCCCGGUUCGGGGAAGGCUCCGGAAGUAUUCUCCUGGAUGACGUGGAGUGCAGAGGGAACGAAUCCUCUCUGUCGCAGUGCUCGCACCGGGGGUGGGGCACACAUAACUGUGCCCACCGUGAGGACGCCGGUGUCAUCUGCUCGGCUCCACCACCUACAACAAGCGAGCCCCUUACAACUGGUCCAUUAGUGAGACUCAUGAAUGGACAGAACGGGUGUUCCGGUCGCGUUGAAGUCCGCUACAAUGGAAACUGGGGAACAGUCUGUGAUGAUGCCUGGGACAUAAAUGAUGCAAAGGUUGUGUGCAGACAGCUUGGGUGUGGGCAGGCCAUUGAGGCCCCCGGUAAUGCCCGGUUCGGGGAAGGCUCCGGAAGUAUUCUCCUGGAUGAUGUGGAGUGCAGAGGGAACGAAUCCUCUCUGUCGCAGUGCUCGCACCGGGGGUGGGGCACACAUAACUGUGCCCACCGUGAGGACGCUGGUGUCAUCUGCUCGGCUCCACCACCUACAACAAGCGAGCCCCUUACAACUGGUCCAUUAGUGAGACUCAUGAAUGGACAGAACGGGUGUUCCGGUCGCAUUGAAGUCCGCUACAAUGGAAACUGGGGAACAGUCUGUGAUGAUGCCUGGGACAUAAAUGAUGCAAAGGUUGUGUGCAGACAGCUCGGGUGUGGGCAGGCCAUUGAGGCCCCCGGUAAUGCCCGGUUCGGGGAAGGCUCCGGAAGUAUUCUCCUGGAUGACGUGGAGUGCAGAGGGAACGAAUCCUCUCUGUCGCAGUGCUCGCACCGGGGGUGGGGCACACAUAACUGUGCCCACCGUGAGGACGCCGGUGUCAUCUGCUCGGCUCCACCACCUACAACAAGCGAGCCCCUUACAACUGGUCCAUUAGUGAGACUCAUGAAUGGACAGAACGGGUGUUCCGGUCGCGUUGAAGUCCGCUACAAUGGAAACUGGGGAACAGUCUGUGAUGAUGCCUGGGACAUAAAUGAUGCAAAGGUUGUGUGCAGACAGCUCGGGUGUGGGCAGGCCAUUGAGGCCCCCGGUAAUGCCCGGUUCGGGGAAGGAUCCGGAAGUAUUCUCCUGGAUGAUGUGGAGUGCAGAGGGAACGAAUCCUCUCUGUCGCAGUGCUCGCACCGGGGGUGGGGCACACAUAACUGUGCCCACCGUGAGGACGCCGGUGUCAUCUGCUCGGCUCCACCACCUACAACAAGCGAGCCCCUUACAACUGUUUCUUCACAUACCAUACAGGAGCCCAUUACCACAUUUCCUGCAUCCAAAACAACAGCUUCUGUGGAUAACACGACACCGGAAAGAGAGAACUCCUUUUCAUCCACCUCUGCACCAGAGACUGCUAGGGCAAUAUCUACCCCAGAAUCACGGACUACACCUAAUGAAGCUUCUGUGGAUAACACGACACCGGAAAGAGAGAACUCCUUUUCAUCCACUUUUACGCCAGAGAGCACUGGAGCAAUAUCAACCCCACAACCAGAGAAUAGAGCUAAUGAAGGUAAGGGAAAUUGGAGUGUGAACAUAUGCUAAGAAAAAAUGCUAGAAUAAGUUAUACAGUUA